AUGGCGUGCCCCCCAGGCGUCCUCAGUAGCGUCUGGAGCUGGUGGCAGAGCCAGACGCGCGAGCAGCGCAAAGGCCAGGACGGAGAAUCGAUGGAGGACGAGAGCUCGAAGUUCGACCCCAAGAAAGCAACCCUCAACCGAGUUCGGCGUCGACGGGGUGCCGCGUUCAAGGAAAAGACGGCGCCCAAGAUGAGCCAGGAAAUGAAGGACUUGCUUCUCGUCAUCCUGAGGGCGACGUACCAGAACACCAGGCAGGUGCGCGAGCUCAAGGGAUGCAUCAUCACGACAGUGAAAGUGGACGACACCGACCCCCUGGUGGAGGCGAUCGAGACGGAGAACCGCAGCUACGCCAAGAUGAUCCGCCAAGAAGGAGAAAAUCACGGAAAGGGCCCCCCAGCCCCAGGCGCAGCGAUGGCCAUGAUGGAAUCCUUGGUGAAGCAGGACAUUGGAGCCAAGAGCAAGGAAGAGUUAACGGCGGCGAUCCAGGCGAUCAACGAGCUCGACGCGUACGAGGCCCAGGACAUGUUCCCGAUAUGCAAGGUCGAGAAGGCGUACAAGAGCGGCACCGCGAAGAUCAUGUACCACUGCCGCGACAUCUCAGUACGCCAGAAGAUCAUGACUGCCCUUCACAACGCCAGCAAGCCGGCCUGCCUGGGCCCUGCCCCCGCGGGCUUCGUGGAGGACGAGCUGGCCCUCUACAUGGAUGCGCUGGCCAACGAUAUAGAUGGACGGUCGAUGAGGAUGCUGAAAGCCACUCCAGCUCAGAGCCAGUGCUACCACCUUCACGACUUCGGUCAUUUCAUGUGGGAAAUCUCGAGCUGGUGCAAGCAGUGGCUCGAGCAGCUCGGCGCCGCCAUGUGCACCACCCUGCACGGCACCGAGUGCAACUACUUCGACUUCUGA